AUGGCUGGGCCCAACCUCUUCUUCGUCCUCACUGUCUUAGUUAUUGCCAGCGGGUCUGUUCCAAAAGGUUACGAUGAAGGCGGGUUUGCUGCCGUGGCGGAUAUGCCAUCCUUCCUACACGACUACGGCCUCUUGGACAGACAGUGGACGGGCACCAAGCAUGAUCUUGUCCAGUUGAAAGCCAACAUCACGUCCUUCAAUGUCCUCGGCGCAGCGUUUGGCGCCAUCCUUGCCCUCCUUGUCACAGAUAGAGUUGGGCGCCUGCGAACGUGGCAGGCCUUUAUGGCCACGUGGAUGGCCGGCUUCUUCAUCACUACGUUUGCGUCGGGGAUACUGGGCUUGUUGCUCUUCUCGCGGCUGUUGUCUGGUCUGGGCGCUGGCGGUCUCACCGUUGUAGCACCCGUUUACCUCACAGAAAUUGCUCGGUCAAAGUCCCGCGGGAUGGUGGUGUCCGUGUACAUGGUGUUUCUGCUGUCUUUUCUCAUGUUUGGAUUCUUCAUCAGCUAUGGCGCCAGGAACUCCCUACCCCCGUCUAGGGCGCAGUACCGCGUUGUGCUGUGUGUGCCUAUAAUUUCUGGAGGCAUUGCCUUGUUCUUAUCCCUUUUCCUCAAAGACACGCCCCGAUGGCUUGCUUCCAAAGGCCGCAGCGAGGAGGCUCUGCUGGUGCUAUCCAGGCUGCGGGGGUCGCCUCCCAACGACACUGCCCUCACAGGGGAGUAUACCGAGAUUGUCGACCAAGUGCGAGAAGUGAAGCAAAGCCUCUCUGGCACCACGACGUGGAUGAUCAUCAAAGAGGUUGCCACCGUCCCCAGCUAUCGCAAACGCUUUCUGCUGGGCUUUGCGAUGCAGACAGUUGCCCAGUGGACGGGCGGCAACGGCAUCACCUACUAUAUCCCCACCAUUUUUCGGUUCGCCGGCGUCCACAGUGACAACAUCUCCCUGAUCAACUCGGGCGCUUACGGGGCGCUCAAGCUCGUCUUCACCAUGAUAUUCACGUGGGGGCUCAUUGACAUCAUUGGGAGGCGCGUCUGCUUCAUGACUGGCCUGUUCAUCCAGGGCAUCACCCACGUCUACAUGGCCGUGUACAUGGGCCUGUGGAUGGACUCUCACAACAAGCCCGCCUCUGAUGCCGCCAUUGCGUCCGUCUUCAUCUACGCCGUUGGCUGGUCCAUCGGGCUCUGCACGAUCCAGUACCUCUACGGCACGGAGAUUUUGCCCACGCGCAUCAGGGGCGUCUGCUACGCGUUCAACAUGACGGUGCACUGGUUCUUCCAGUUCGCCGUCGUGCGCGCCACGCCAUCCAUGUUCGAGAGCCUCGACGUCUGGGGCGCGUACGUCUUUUGGGCGUGCGUCUGCUUCGUCGGCCUCGUCGUCCUCGGCCUCUGGGCGCCCGAGACAAAGGGCGUCCCGAUGGAGCGCAUGGCCGAGCUCUUCGCAGGGCCUUGGUACAUGGGCUGGAGGGCCAAGCUGGGCGCUCUGCCCCCCCGCCGCGAUGAUGACGCCGACGGGGACUCGCUGCAGAGGUCGCCGUCUGAAGAUCCGGGGACGAGCUCCGAGACGGUUCAGGUGAAGCCCAAGAUGAAGGAUCCUUGA